AUGAAGCUUUGUGGAGCAGCCUUGAAUGACUCGAACCAAAAAAUCCAAAGUCCGCAACCUCUACCCUCUAUUGUUGACCAAUUCACGCCGGGACAGGGCGAUGUUGCCCUUCAAAUAAUGGGAGACUCAUACUCGGCCGGCCCCGGAGCUGGAGAUCUCCUUAAAGACAGGUAUCAUCCGAACUACCCAAAGAAAUGCCGACAGUUCAGCAUGGCUUGGGGCCAGACAUUACUCGUCAACUGGCCGUUCUACAACCGGCCUCUCCACUAUAACCGGUUCUUGCCCUGCCUCGGACACACGACCAAUGAUUUCAUCCAGCAUCAAAUCCCUGAAAUGUCGCUUGAUAACAAUGUUGCUGCUCUCACACUGGGAGGAAACGACCUCGGAUUCUCUUCGAUCUUGAGGAGGUGCCUCCUAAAGAUAUCGGUCAACUCUUGUGAUGCUGCGAUUAAAGAUGCUGAAAAAGUAUUAAAAGGAGACGGUAUCGAGUCACUGCACGACAGGAUGUACAAGGUCUGGAACAAGAUGUUCGAAAAAAUGGAGCCUGAUUGGCACAACCAAAUCUACCACCUCGGAUACCCAACCUUUUUCAACGUAGGGUCCGAGUCUUCGGACUGGUGCGACUCACACGGCUUCAAUGUCAAUAUUAUAAACGGGCCCAAAUUGGACAAAUCCUUGCGUCGCCGAAUGAACAAACUCAUCAAAGAUUUCAACGAUAAGUUGCAGCACUCGAUUGCACGGUAUAACAGCGAUCAUCACAAUCCAGGAUCGCCGGAAUGGGGUCAUAGGCGACUUUUUUUCGUUGACCCGAACCCUGAAUUCAAUGGACACCGUUUCUGCGAGGACAAGAUAAAAAGCCUCCGCCAUGAUGAUAUCUGGAUCUUUGGCACGUUCUCCAGAGACAACGACAAUAAAUUGACGCAGUCCUUUGAGGAUGAGGCUACCAAUGUAACCGCUAUCGCAUCUGGAUCGGAAUUCGCAGGAUUGAAUGCGACACAUUGCGCCAGCGACACCAGAUAUUCCACUGACGACGAUUUCAACUAUCUGUGCGACUACGCAAGAGCCUCCCAUUCCACCAAAGCUCUUGAUCCGCGUAUUCAGAAUGCGGUACUCGGACUCGUCACCAGAUCCUUUCAUCCCAAAAGCAAAGGUAUGACUGCCUAUCGCCUAGCGAUUGACAAGAAAAUACGACAACAACGGCGCAACAGUGCGUAUGAUGUAGAAUUGGGCUUGUGCAGCUUCCACAUGAAGGAAGAAGUUACCUGCAGUCGUAGUGGGUUUCAGGAUGGUAAAGCAACAACAACAACAACGCGUACUCUUAACGCGUUGCUGACGCCACUACUUGAUGACGACAAAUUGAGGAUUGGCGGCAUGCCGGAUUCAGAACAAAUUGAGGAAGGAUUCGCUAUGACUAGCCGACUCAAAGAAACACUGGUAAUCACGGGACACAAGGAAGGAGGUAGCUACGUUGAUUUUAACUAUGGAAACAAGCAUUGGAAUACCAGGACGGAAGAGUUUCCAGAGGGCAAUUCAAACGGGUGGUGUUCAGUCGGUGGAUGGGCAUCAGUGCCUGGCACAGGAUGUGGUCGCAAGGGUAUUAGAGACAUGGAUUGUACUUUCCAUUGUUAG